UACGCAUGCGCCUAUUGCUACUUCUCGGAGUCUCCCAUGAUAGCUUAACGAUUGGCUGGUUAUUUUGGUAUUUCAUUCCCAUUGACUUGGUGGAUUACAAAGCGGAAGCAGCAUGGAUACUUCACUGGUGAAGAAAAUUGUAAAAAAAACAAAACUAAUCAUUAAAGACAACAGCAAUGCAAACAAGAUAAUGGAUAUAUUAAAAUACACACAGUGUAAAAAUAUUCAAGUAAUCUGUCUAGCCUGCAAGUCAUUGGCAGAGAUAUUUUCCCAUUAUAUUUCGACCAAAGCUAUUUUGAACACUUCAAAAAUAACUGCAGCUGAAGAGGAUUUAAGUAAAGAAGAUCAAUUUUCAACUUGGCUUAAAGAGCAGUUUGGAACUACUUGUGAUGUUUUGUGUGAAUUUUUAUCUCAUAAAAAUGUUGAAGUUCAGGAAUCUUCUUUGGCAGCAAUUGUUACACUACUUCAAAGUUUAUUUGAGUGCAAUUGUGAUGAUAUCAGUGGACAUUUAAUUGGAAAUUUGAUUACUCAACUGUUGAGUGAGGAUGAAGAUCGGUCAGCCAUAAUAAAUUGCUUACCAUCAGAUGUAUCGCAUUGGGAAAAAGGAACAAAAUUUUCCUCAGCCUGUUUGACGCAUAUAAAAAACCAGAUAAAGCAUAACAAUGAGCUACACACGAAUGUAUUUUUAUUCAACUGCUGGAGGUUGAUUAAAAAAGUUGCUUCAUAUAACAUGGAUAAUUCAACAUCUCGUCAGCUUACUGGAGUAAUAUGCAAUUUCUUAUCUUACAAGAUACCUACUGAAUUAUAUAGGGAUAUUCUAACUGGUAUAUCGCCUAUAAUGGAGAAGAUGUCUACGCCACAGAGGCUGACAGAUUUUUUGUCACAUUCAUUUGAUAUUGGUGGGGCUAUCAGUUUGAUGAGCUUGCAUGGGCUUUUCAUCCUAAUGCAUAAGCAUAAUCUGGACUACCCAGAUUUUUAUAACAAACUCUACUCAAUGUUUGAACCUCAAGUGUUCAGUGCCAAAUACAAAGCCAGAUUUUUCCAUUUAGCAGAUACAUUUUUAUCAUCAACGCAUCUUCCCUCAUACUUGGUGGCAGCAUUUGUAAAACGUCUGGCAAGAUUAUCUUUACAUGCUCCAGCGUCUGCUGUAUAUAUUAUUAUACCAUUUAUCUUCAACUUAAUAAAUCGCCACCCAGCUUUAAAUGUCAUGCUGGGUAGAUCAGAUGGUCCCACAGAACUUGAUAGUGAUCCCUAUAUGCCUGAUGAAAAAGAUCCAUGUAAAUGCAAUGCCUUAGAAAGCUGUUUGUGGGAGUUACAAGUAUUAGAGAGACAUUAUGAUCCAGAUUUGUCAUUGAAAGCCAGCAAAAGAAAGACUGAAACAGAGACAGAUUUGUCAACUUUAUUAGAAGCAACAUCUACUGAUAUAAUUGGAGCAUAUGGAAAAAAGAUAAAGAAAGACAAUGUUCCAAUAAAUUUUAUGAAGAUUGGUGGAUUAUAUUUAUCAGAUGGUUUUGUUUUAUAAAUCAUUGACUAGAAAUAAAUAAUUUACUUUUACUUC